GAUUUUUUUCUCUUGCCAACAAAUGGCUUAAAAGGACGAGCUUUUGUUUUUGGCUACUGCAUUCCAGAAUAGUAUCGCAAGCUUUAAAAAAAUGACUCGCUUCAGCUAUUUGCUGUUUUUCUUGUUAGCCAUACAAGGCUCUACGGUUUUAGGGUUCCUAGAAAACUGCGAAAACCAAGGAAAAUGUCAGGAUCUGGAAUUAAAGAAAGAACUUGAAAGUAUUGACUGGGUGCCAACCACCGAAGAGCAUCUAAAUAACUUAUGCCCUCGUGUCAUGAAGACGCUGCAAUGCUUAGCAGAAAGCAUACAGGAGUGUACAGGGAAGGACAUUAUCGAAUUGUCAACUUCAGAUAACAAAACAGCUUCUGCCAUCGGACAUUUGCUAGUUGCCGGUGGGAAUUUCGUUAUAGAUGCUUGUACUCCAGGAACUGAAUUUCGAGACAAUUACCUGUCCAGUAUAUCUUGCUUUAAAGACUUGGUGAUGAACCCUGAACCUACAAUGAAAUGUCAUCGAGAAGGUUAUGCCGUGUACGCUACCUAUGAGCAAUCAAGAGAACUUCUAGGUAAUGAAAUUCCUGAUGAAGAUAAAGAGAGCGAAUCCUGGUGUAUGGUCACGGCCUACACAUUGGCAUGUUUCACAUCUGAGCUGCACGAUACUUGCGGCGAAGUUGCCCGUAAAACAUUCGUUGAAACUAUGAAAAGAUUCCAAUCUCUGAGAUGGAACGAGUGCACUGAAGCUAACAUUCGCAACCUCAAAACAGAAUUCUUGGACUUUCUUGAGUUAGAAGAGCAGAAGAGAGACAUCUUCUUUUCAGUUUUCGAAUCGAAGAAAAGAAGGAAAUAAAUCACUGAUUGAAGACAUUUUGAAUAAAGAAUUUUUUCGGAUCUUGGAUACUUGUUUUGCAGUCAGCAAUUGUUUGUUAAUAAUUAAUUUUAAUUCCUUAAAUUGAUGAUUGCACAAUUUUCCCUUUGCAUGUAAUAAAGAUUUAAUUAAUUUUCA